GUAGUAGUAGAUAGUAGUAGACUAGUUAAAAGCUUUCAUAGGCAACAGACCAAAUACCAAACCUUCAAAAAGCAUUGCAAAAAUUGACCGGAAAUGUCAUCUAAUGAGAUUUGUCAAGAAAGUCGGAAAGAAAACUCACGUUGGAAGACUAUUGAGCGCAGAUGCAAAGCCAUACCCAGAUUGAAGAGCUUCUUUUACAUCUACGAUUUGGAAAAAGGAUGCAGGAUAAUAGCAGGAUUUGAGGCUUUGGUGAGCGUGAUACAGAUACUGGCUAUAUAUUAUUUGGCCAAUCAAUCAGGGCCAAGUCGUAUGUUACCUGAUCCCUUUUGGAUCACCAAAAUCGAUAGGGAGGGAAUAAUCAAAAGGAAGUUACUUUAUCAUACAAAUCAGCACUUUUGCAUGGGACUCGGACUGGUUACUCUGCUCAACUCGCUGCUGCUGUUCAUUGGAAGCAAAUGGGGUCACCAGGUGUGCCUCUUUCUUUGGAUUUACAUCACGCUGUUCACCACUCUCAUAUCGAAUGUUAAUAAUACCUUACGGAACUUUAAUUUUACGCAAGCUUUCAUAACAUUUCCAUCAUUAGCUCUGGAGGGCUACUUUGCACUGGUAGUUGUAUCUUUGAUUUGCAAAUUACACGAGAAACGAGAUGAUUGCAUCUCAUACAGCGAAAUGCACAACAAAAAGAGUACCGAACAGAUAUAAGCAGAUUUUUGCUAUUUAUUUGCAUGAUAUUUUGUGAAUUUACAAAUGUUUAGAGAAAAACUUGUAUUAAGUUGCGCACCUAUUCAAAUAAAA